AUGAUACCUGCGGAAGAGCAAAAUCACUGCUUUGUUCCAGUUCGAAGAAUCUUAAACGACGACGAUUUAAACCUAUUUCGUGAAGGAGAGGCCUAUCGCUCAAUCGAUUCGUUUAUUUGCGACCUCAAUGAAAGUGUCCAAGACAAGCCAAUUUCAGCAGAGGUAAAGCUGAGUCCGUCAAUCGAGUACAUUCUACUGAUACUGAAAAGAGUCGAAGAAAUUCAAAAUUUGAACCCGCCUGUUGAAAACAAAGGCUCUCGAUUUGGGAAUCCAGCAUUCGAGUCCUUUUACGAUCAAGUCGAAUGCGAAACUCCUACGCUACACGCAGCGUUUGGGCUGGAAGAAAAUGCAAUUGCAGAGGCAGGAAAGUAUUUUUAUGAAAGCUUUGGUAAUAGAAAGAGAAUUGAUUACGGCAGCGGUCAUGAACUCAAUUUUAUGACUUGGCUCCUUGCCUUGCGAAAAUUAGAAAUCAUAUCAAAAGAAUAUUAUCCAGCUAUCAUUCUUCGGGUUUUUGUGCGCUAUAUUCAUUUGAUGAGAUUGAUCCAGUCAACCUACUUCUUGGAGCCUGCCGGCUCGCACGGCGUGUGGGGAUUAGACGAUUUUCACUUCCUUCCCUUUCUAUUUGGAUCUUCCCAGUUGGUACAUCACAAGUAUUUGCGCCCGAAACAUGUACGUGACAACGAAAUUCUAGAAAUGUGCGGCGACGACUACAUGUAUUUGGGAUAUGUUCGAUUCAUUAAUGAACUGAAGCCAGACGUUUCGUUACGAUUUCAUUCCCCUAUGAUUGAUGAUAUUUCUAGCGUAAAGACAUGGGCAAAAGUAAAUGAAGGUAUGAUAAAAAUGUAUCGAGCCGAAGUUCUUUCCAAGCUUCCUAUAAUGCAACAUUACUUAUUUGGACAUCUAAUUCCAGCAACGCCUACCAUGUCCGCGGCUCCUCAAGAAGGCGAGGACGCUGAAGCCAGCCAUACCCACUCAACGUACGCAGACUGUUGUGGAAUUAAGGUCCCUAGUGCGAUUGCUGCGUCAAAAGUCGGCUGGCGUCGAGUGCCGUUCGACUGAACAAGUGUUAUGAUACAACUUUGAAAAACAAAAUAUACCUUUCCUACUUGAAUAUUGCUAUUUAUUUUAUGAAUUGUGUUCCACUGUAAUUUUAUUAAUUGAAUUUCCACAUAUUUGUUGCUUUACCAUGCGACUCCUCUUAUAAAUGCACCUGCUUAAAAGCAAAAUGAAGAAUAUUUGACACGAGU